GACAGCUAACCUCAAACUUCAAGUCGAAAGUCAAAACAAAAGUGGCGUAAAAACAUAAACUAAAAAAAUGCCGAAUUUAACGAAAACGAUAUAGCAAUAUUUCAAUUUUAAUUAAAUAUACAAUUUUAUUGAGGUAUCUAUUAGUGUAGCUUGCAAUAAACCCUGAGAAUUUCAUAUAAAAAUGUCAGACGCCGAAGUUGAAGUGUCUGCUAUAUUUAAAAAACGGAAUGUAAAGAAUAGAGGCGGCAGGAAGAGGAAAACUUCCAGUUCUGAAGAAAAGAAUAGUUCAGAAUCAGAUGAACCAUCAGUGGUGCAGCCGUCAAAACGUCCUCAGAAACUCAACCCUAACAUUCAGUCCACUGGUGGUGAGAAGAAACAGAGAGUGGUGAUCGAAAACAGUGAUCAGAGUAGUGAUGAUGAUAAGCCAAAAAAAACAACGCUUUCGGUGCAACAGCAAAGAGAGAACGCGACGGCGACAUACGAACUCGACACUGAGAGAGAUAAGGACGCACAGGCGAUAUUCGAAAAGGCGCAAAAGAUUAAUGAGGAACUGCAAGGGCAGGCUGAUGAUAAGUUGUAUCGGGGUAUAAAUAAUUACGCCCAAUACUACAAAAAGAGGGACACGGCAGCGGGGAACGCUAGUUCAGGGUUCGUUAGGAAGGGGCCCAUACGGGCGCCGGCCAAUUUGAGGGCCACUGUGAGAUGGGACUACCAACCGGAUAUUUGUAAGGACUACAAAGAGACGGGAUUUUGCGGUUUUGGAGAUUCGUGCAAAUUCCUGCACGACAGAUCGGACUACAAGCACGGCUGGCAACUGGAGCGGGAGGAGAUACAGACGAGCAAAGAUGGCGACUCGGAUUACGAGAUACACAGCGACGAAGAGCUGCCGUUCAAGUGUUUCAUCUGCAGGAACAGCUUCAGGGACCCCGUGGUCACGAGGUGUAAACAUUAUUUCUGUGAGAAAUGUGCCUUGGACAAUUAUAAAAAAACAACGCGAUGUUUUAUUUGUAAUUCUCAAACUGGGGGUGUAUUUAACCCCGCUAAGGAAAUAGAGGCCAAAAUCAAGGCUGGGUCUGGCAGUGAUGAUGAUGAUGAUGAUAAUGAUGAUGAUGAAUGAAUAUUAAAUGUU